AUGGGUGAAAAAAUCUCGAAGCUAACAGUCCCAACAUCAACAGCGGAUGCUUCGACAUCAACCGCUAUUGAACCAAGACGACGACAUAUUGCGCAAAAGUAUCUGGUAAUUUGGUUCGAUGACAAUGUCGAUGAAACAAGCGAUGAUUACAACAACACACAGGCUCAAUUACGCAGUAUUGUCAAUGAGGUGAUAAUCUGCAAAGAACCAGUACAUUGUCUGCAGUGUCUUGAUGAAGUCUAUGAUGAGAAGGUCUUCAUCAUCUCGUCUGACGCGUUAGGCCAAGACAUUGUGCAACAAAUUCAUGAUAUGCCCAAAGUUGAUACCAUUUAUAUUUUUCGUCAAGAUAACGCUACCGAUGAAGAAUGGACAAAAAAUUGGGCUAAGAUUGAAGGUGUUCUCACCUCAACUCAAUCAAUUUGUGAAUCAUUGAAAAAGGGUUUGGUGGAAAAGGCAGAAAGGGAAAACGUCGGAAAAAAAGGAAAAUGCAGAAAUUCUAAACGUCGAAAGAAAAAAUUAGAAAAAGGAAAACGUCGAAAGGUAAAUGUGGAAAAUUGCGUUUUUUGA